UCUCAGCCUGGAAGGGCGAUCGGUCCGAGCUUUAUUUAUUAAGCUUAGCAAAUCCAACAAUGUUAUCGCCACAAUUUCUAAUUUUUUGCCUAAUCGCGGGGUUACAGCUGCUUUCCACCGCAGAAGGUGAUCCCAUGAUAGAGGUCUUCAGAUGGAAACAGAUGGACUUCUACAACCGAGGGGAUGGAAAACAUGGCCCACACGGAAGACCUGACAGGCCCAGCAUCUCAGCCCCUGUUGUUUUCCCUGGGAGAUAUUCACGGCAAAAGCGAGAGUCUAUGACCUCCCGCGAUACUCCAGUGGUCGUAAGCAACCGGGUUGCCAGUGAUGACCCCAACGCCUCCUACAUUCCGUACAACAACGUGCCGAUGGGAGCCACCCACUUCCGGGGUCGCCUGUUUGUCACGAUGCCCCGUCGCCGUGUGGGCAUCCCGUCCACCCUGAACUACAUCGAUCUGGCCAGGGAGGGAUCGGAAGUCAGCCCCAAGCUUAUAGCCUAUCCCAACUUUGCGUUGAAUCAGUUCAACGACAGUGCCCAGAACCUGGUCUCCGUCUACAGGACCUCCGUGGAUGCCUGUCAACGCCUCUGGUUCAUUGACACUGGAAUGCUGGAGUACCCAAAUAACCGCCAACAGAUCCGUCGUCCCAGCAUCUGGGUAGUGGACUUGGCAACGGAUCGAGUGCUGAAGCGUUUCGACAUCCCGGAGAGCAUUGCGGAAACGGGUCGCGGAUUGGCAAGUAUCACAGUUGAUGUGAGGGCGGGUCAAUGUGGAGAUGCCUUCGCCUAUAUUCCGGAUCUGGUGUACCGGAGAUUGUACGUCUAUCACCUGCGAGACGAUCGGAUUUGGGCCUUCGAGCACAACUACUUUAACUUCGAUCCGCUUUCCGGGGAUCUGAGCAUUGGUGGCCAGACCUUCCGCUGGGAUGACGGCAUCUUCUCGGUCACCUUGGGAGCUCAAAAGCCGGAUGGGAGUCGGGAUGUCUACUUCCAUCCCAUGGCGAGCACGAAUGAGUUUGUGGUUUCAAGUCGCGUUCUGCAGCAGGAGUCCAAUGCCGCUCGCUCCGAUCACGGAAACGAUUUCCGGGUCAUAGGAAACCGAGGGCCAUCCACUCAGUCCACGAUGCACGCCUAUGAUCCUGGCACCGGGGUGAUCUUCUUCGAUGAGAUCCAGAGGAACGGAGUGGGCUGCUGGAAGACAACCAAGCCAAUAUCGGCGGAAAACUACGGCAGUGUGGACUCCAAUGCAUUGGAUAUGAUUUACCCCAGCGACUUGUCGAUCGACGAGGAGGGAACCAUUUGGGUAAUGUCCAACUCCAUGCCGAUCUUUAUCUACUCCACGCUGGAUACAAAUAUAUAUAACUUCCGAGUCUGGAAGCAAAAGGCAAAGUUGGCGAAGAGGGGAACCGUUUGUGAGUGAUUUAUAGAGAAUAAUAAUAUUAUGUAUGAAAAUAACCCACUGAAUUAUAUUAUUAAAAUAAGUAAAUAAAGCUCAUCCAAAUAAAA